AUGAAUGAUUUGUUUGAGUAUAUUUCAGAUGAGAAUUCUUGGAUUCAUUCGUUUCAGAAUCAUCCUAUUUUUUCACUUUCAGAAAGAGAACAAGAAGGAAUUAGAAAUAUAAAAAACAAAAAGCUUUUGAUUGCUAUAAGACAAACAGAAGUAUUUGUAGCAGUAGAUAAAACAAUACGUUAUACAGAUUUGAAAGAAUGUAAAUUGGAUGAGUUCCAGAAAAACUACAAAAUGAAUUAUAAGGAGUUUAAGCUUUCAAAAAUAAAUUUUUGUAUAGAACGUUUAAUUAUUAAUACAUGUGGUUCAAUUUUAGUUGUUAUAGGUGCUUAUGAUUUAGCAGUCAUUUUCCUUCCUACAUACUUGAAUUCGCUUGAAGGAAAUAACUUAAGAAUUAAUGAAGUUGGCCGUAAAUAUUAUGGAGAAACUGAAAUCGUUUCUGUUUUAUUUCAUCCUGCAAGCAAAAACUCUAAUACUAUUUUAGUGUUAUCAUCAGAUGCAGUAAUUCGAGUAUUCGAAUUAUCUUUAAGCUUUGAAGAAUCUGAACAAGCUAUUGAUCUUAUUUCUAGAACAGGAAGAACAAGAAAAAAAGGAUCUUUUGUUGUUAAUGAGGAUAUCUUUCAGGUUUCAGACUUUUGUUUUGAUUCAAAAGCAAAUGAAUGGUCUCUCUUUACACUUCAUGUUCUUCUUCAAAAUGGAGAUAUUUAUUCUAUAUGUCCAUUAACACCUAGCAACUGCAUGGUUCAACGUGCGUAUUUAGAUCGUCUUGCAUGUUAUAUUUCUACUAAAACUCAACAAUUAAACAAGAUUAAAAAUGAUCCUACUUUAAUUUCUCAUGAAGAAGAAAAUAUGCGUUUACAGACACGCUGGAUAUCCGAUAUUUUAGGACAAAUCUCACUUAUUAAUGAUUAUGGCUUAGGGUCUCCAUUAUCACAAAGUCUUGAUGCACAUGAUUUAGUUACUUUUUCUCGUCCAAAUAUUUCUAGAUUUCCUGUUUUAGUACAAGGUCCAUUUUUGUUUCAGCCUGCACCAUUAGAAUUUUCUUCAAAACAUGUUAUGGCUUCUAAUAUUAUUGCCUUAGGAACAAAUACUAUCGGAAUAUUAGCUAUUUCUUAUACAGAUGGUAAAAUAGAUAUUUGCAUAGAAGUCGAUAGGAUAGAGCCGAAAUGGUUUUUAAAUAAAAAUGAACAAUAUCAAUCAACCAAUUAUUUAUCAACUUAUGAAUCUAUUAUGGUUAUGGAUUCUAAAAACGUACUUAAACCAACAGAAAACAAUGUUAAAGAUUCAUUCCUUAUACGAGAUCUUAGAAGAGCUGACACAUUUUAUUUUUAUUAUAAAACUAGUAUUUAUUCUAUAAUGUUAGGAUGGCUUGAAAAAUUAGAGAAAGAAGAUAAUAUUGAAUCCAAAACUAUUGAUACUCUUUUAUCUGAAGGGAUACAACAUUCGUCUGUUUCUAAAUUAAUUGAUAUGACUCCUUUAUCAUGCCCGUUACCAACUAUAAUAGGAUAUGACUUUUUAAUGCAUGCAUAUUUUGGGUAUUCUCUUAUCUUUUGGUCAACAGCAUUUCAUUGUACUGUAAUUGAACUUGAUAUUACAAACCAAAUACAAUCAGAGAAUAUAUUAACAGAAUUUACUAAGGAUACAAAUGUUUCUGAAAAAAAUGAGCAUUUGAAAUAUUUUUCUUUAAUUACAUUCCCAAUUUAUUCAAUUUCACAAGAAUCACUUGACUUUUUAAAACAAUCUUUUCAUACUACAGUGCCUAGUGAAUUUCGAAAUAAAUUUGUUGCUUCUCAAGAAUCUCUUCGCUUUUUAGGAAAAAUAGCAUUAGAAACACGAAAAAAUUCAGAAAAACUCCAUAAUUUAAUAGUAUCUAUGUACCGUAGAUUAGAGCUUCAAGGCCAAGAAUUUACAAGACAACUUGAAAAAUUGUAUACAUUGAAAGAUAAAAUAGAUAUUAUAACCUCUAAAACUUCAUCUGAAAGACUUAAAAAUGCUAUUGACAAUCAAAAGAUACUUCAAAAAAGAGCAGAUCAAAUUUUGCAAAAAUUGGUUAAAAGUCAUUCUCCAACAUUAAGCGAUCAUGAGAAAAAGUGGUUUAAUGAAUUAAAAAGAAUAAAAAUGAAAACAUAUGGAAAUAAAGGUUUUAAUGAAAAAAUACAAUUACUUUCAAAACAAUUUGAAUCAAUAAAAUCAAAGAAAAUUAAUAAUUCCGUAAUAGAUAUUUCUCCCAAACCUGAACUUUAUGAAUCUAUUCCUAUGUCUCAAAUAAAUCAAAUACGAUUAAUUUUAGAUGAACAGUGA